AUGGACGGAACCGCCGCCAUGUUCGCCCAACCGGGCAUGUUCAUCCAGCCCCGAGUCCGCAAAACAGCCCCUCCACCCCCCAAGAAGCGCAAAGUCCAGCACGCCGUCGAAGAAGUUACAUUCGACCGUACAGCCCGCGAAGAAUACCUGACCGGGUUCCACAAGCGCAAGCUAGAGCGGAAGAGACACGCGCAGCAAAUCGCCGAGCAAAAGGCCCGGGAAGAAAGAAUUGAGACGAGGAAGCAGAUUAGGGAAGAGCGCAAACAAGCCCUUGAAGAGCACGUCCAGACCAUUCAGCAAAUUCUCCGCGAAGCCGAGGCAGCCGGGACAGGUACAGCAGGCAAAGACGGGGAGAAGGACGAGGAAUGGGGCGGCCUGUCUGACGACGAGGUGGUGGAGGCGCCCAUUGACAUGGAGGAGGAGUACAUUGACGAAGACAAAUACACCACCGUUACCGUCGAGGCUGUUAGUGUGGACCGAGACGGUCUGCACAAACCAAAAGCUGUCUCUUCCGACGACGACGAGGAGUCCAAAACAGAGAAGCCAGAAGACGAAGACAAACAAGCGACCAAGGGCGCGAAGCGUCCCAAAGAGCAAAAGAAAAAAAAGAAGUUUCGAUAUGAAACCAAGUUCGACAGACAGCUCACAGAGAGAAAGCAAAAGGCCAAAAAGAGGAAGGCAAGAGGGGUGGAAUAA